AUGACGAAGGAAAGCAAUGUCAGCCAGUCUCCCAGCGCCAUAGAGUUCAAAUACUCUUCAAUUCCUAUCGAAGAUAGCCAACUGGCGCCUACGAUGCCAGCUGAAAAUCCACUCCAAAGCAGUCCCGUCCUCCCACCUUGUGAAGCCAGAGACAAUGCAACUCCAACACAAGUCAAACAAGAAAAGCUCAGUUCAAGCGAAACAAAUGGCGAUGCAAGAAGCGAUACAAGCAUUUCAAACCACACCAUGGUCCCAGUAUCAGGUAGCCCUAGAGAUAUCAUCUGUGGACGUGGUCUGCACAUCAUGAAUCACCAUGGAAAUCACAAUCUUCACCUUAUCGUUGACAGGUAUCGUCAAGCUUAUCUGACAUCGACUCGUAAAGACAAGGCUGACAUCACUAGACGCAUCGUUCAACACUUGAAGAGUACCGGAGCAAGGUUUCUUCGACGGUUCAAUGAUGACGGCGAUGACAAGUGGGUGGAAGUUGAUGAAAGAACCGCGUACAAGAAGGUCGGCCAUGCCUUGCGUCUGAGAAAGAGUGAUCUUGGGCAAAGCUUCUUGAAAUCUAUCGUUCACUCCUUGCCUCGAAGAGAGACAAGUUCCUCACAGCAUAUGGCUGUCAUGCCAAUUGGACCACAGAGUACAAUGAGCCAUCCGCCGAGAUUACCUUUUUCGUCUUCACUUACUAUGCAGUUGCCUUUGCCCUCGUCUAGAAAUCAAUUUCAAGUCAUGGCGACACGAUCAGCUUUGCCACCAGCUGUCGGAGGACAAGCUCCGCCAACAUUACAUCCGUCUGUAGUCCAUGGAUACGGGAAUGUAGCUAUGGAUCCUCGAUUGUUUUCGCAAGUGUUCGCAACCACGCUUUCCGUAAUGACACAGUUCAAACAUCAAGAACUACUGCCGCUACACGCAAGCUCUGCUGAUUCACGCAUGUUCAAUGAAAGUCCCAAAGAAGGAGGUAAACGAAAUGGUAACUGA